CCCUGGCGGAGGAGUCCAUACAGCAGGAGCCUGGCAGUGUCGUGGCGGAUGCAGCCAGUAGUGGCGGCUGGGUUGCCGCCACAGAGAAAGGCCAACAAGAAGAGCCCAUGCAGCCGCACGGCGGUGGCGGGGAAUUUCUCCAGCAGCAAGCGAGAGAUGGUGGGCAAGGACCACGGCAGCUACUGGAAGGUGGCUGGGCCAGCAGAUCGGGAGCGAACCCUGUUGGACCAGCCGGAGUGGGCCCGGGCAUAGGACCGGACUACGUGAAAGCGAAGGGGUUAAACCCCCCAGGUGAGAUACUCGUGAUUCCAGGAAAUGGAGAAUUCCUCGACGGCUACAGCAGUAGCACAUGAAGAGAGUAACAGUCAAUGCCCCGCGUCUCGAAGGGAGAAUCGCGGCCAUGGGUAUGACUCGUGGAGAAAGUUGCUUAUCCAAGCGGCCAAGACUGUAGGACUGGAAGGCCAAUUGAUCGGCAACAACGAGAGACAUGCACCUGUCGGCAACCCAAACGUGCCAAGCUCGGAGCUGUACCGCCUCCAAUACACCAGUGACGAGGUCUAGAGGGGCCUCCAAGCGUUCCAUUUUGUGACCACUGCCAUCGUCAGAGAAGCCGACAAGGCGAUCGUGAAAAAGCGCGAGACCGC